UUGUUUUAUAUUAACUAUUUGAAAAUAAGUUGUUAUUAUAAAAUAUUAUAAUGCCUUUAAAAGGUGUAAAAGUAAUAGAACUGGUAGGUCUGGCACCGGGACCUUUUUGUGGCCAAGUACUUAGUGAUUUUGGUGCUGAUGUGAUUAGAGUCGAUAAGGCGUAUCAGAAGGAAAUAGAAAACUUAAAGAGAGGAAAAAAGUUGGUAUUAAUUGAUCUCAAGAAAGAUGAAGGAAAAGACAUAUUCAAGAGAUUGUGCAAAACGGCUGAUGUUGUCAUCGAAACAUUUAGACCGGGAGUUAUGGAACGGUUAGGUUUGGGACCAGACGUGUUGAUGCCAGUAAAUGAUAGACUCAUAUAUACACGAGUUUCGGGUUUUGGUCAGUCGGGCUCAUUGGCCAAAAAGGCCGGACAUGACAUCAACUAUUUGGCCAUUUCAGGCAUUUUGUCUAAAUUAGGUGUCAAAGAUAGACCGAUUCCACCGAUUAAUGUUUUAGGCGAUUAUGGAGGCGGAGGUCUUAUAGCAGCAAUUGGGAUAUUAUUGGCACUAUUUGAGAGAACUAAAUCAGGAAAGGGUCAGAUCAUUGACUCAAAUCUUACAGAAGGCACGGCAUACUUGUGCUCCUGGAUAUGGGAAUCUAUGGAAGAUUCAUGGCUUAUGCAUGAUGUCAUGUGGCCAAAGAAAGACCAACGUAUGAGCAAUCUUUUGGAUGGCGGCUCUCCUUUCUAUCGGUGCUAUCGCACAAAGGAUGACAAGUUUAUGGCUGUUGGCUCUCAAGAGUGGAAAUUUUAUCAGCCAUUUGUCGAGACAUUAGGUCUGGACAUCGAUGAAUGCGACAGAAAUGAAGUAUCAAAUUGGGAUCAAUUGAGUGAAAAGUUUGCAAAAGUUUUUGAGACUAAAACACAAAAAGAAUGGACAGAAAUGUUUGAAAAAGUCGACGCUUGUGUAACACCUGUACUCGACUUACAAGAGGCGCAUAAAUAUAAGCAUAAUGUGGACAGAAAUUCAUAUUUUACUAACGGUAGGCCUCGACCGGCACCCAUACUAUGCCGAACACCGGCCGCACCUCUCAGUCAUGACAACUCUGAUUACGAUUGUUUGCACACAAAACAGAUUCUCUUAAAUUAUGGAUACACUGAGGCUUUUAUCAAACAGUUGACCGACAAACGGGUCAUUGAAGUUGAAAGUAUUGCCUCAAAACUUUAGAUAUGAUUUAAUAAAAAUUUGUGCAUUGAUUUAAUAUUAUAAUACAGUUAUAAUACAGUAUAAUACAAUAAUU